AUGAAGCGUUUAACGAUGAGCUGGCUGUUGUUUAUAUUAAGUUUUAAGUAGAUCUACCACAACUUUUUGUCAUGUGCUCUGUUAGUUUACUUUGAACAUGCAGUUCGAUGUCCGACUGGUCAUUUUCCUUGGAAAUUUAUUUUAUAUUCAGAUAGCAGAUGCUCUGACAAAAUAUGCCUGCGUGAGUUUUAGCGGUAUUGGCGGUAAGUUCGGUGGUUAUGGCGGCUUGGUUGGCGGAGGCUGGGAUUUUGACGAUUUUAACAGUAAUUCGGCCUCGGCUUCGUCUGAAGAAUUCGGGAUGGGGUUAGCACGAUUUGCUGGAUACGGAACAGUCCAGCACGGAAUGGCCCCAGGAGUCGGAACACCUGCGCAAGUCGGCGGCGCAGCCGCACCGGGUAUGUCUCCAGUUAUGUCCCCUGGAACUUCUCCACUUGCAGCCGGAGGGUUGUCUUCUGGCCUACCAAACACCGCCGCAAACCUCGGGGGUGCUUCUCAUAUCACUGGACAGGGCUCCGGCGUUGUGGGGGCACCUGUUCCUGGACAAAUGCCAUUCCAACCACUUGCCCCUGGAAACCCUGGAGUGGUCUUAUCCGGAAGUCUUUCCUGCGCAGAUCGUCCUCAGACGACCAUUUUGAUUACAAAACUGGUGUACGGUAAUGGUGGAAUAUACACUUGCUCCGCUCCCGAUGAAGAAUGUGAUGUAGUAGACUACCAGGAUCCGGAAAUCACGCCAUUUUGUGAUGGCCAAGUACGAUGCAUGGUAAGAACGACAGGAAAACAAUUGAUCCCAUGCAAAACGACCAGUAAUUUUGUCCACGUGGAGUAUGAAUGCAUUUAUCCAUGGUCUUCUUUCGACAUCUGCAAAGACAUCAAAACUGUUGUUCGAGAACCGGAAGUUUACAUUAUGUCACCCAGCUUCUUCCGGGCUCAAUCCCCACCAUCAAAAGUAUGCGAGUGCAUCUUGAAAGGUCGCUACGACAAUCGCAUCAUGGCUCAGUAUGUUCAUACAGACAUAGAAGAAACAGCGAAUCACUCGUGCCCGGAGAGUUUUGUUCUGUUUGAGAGUAAAUUGAGUCCAAAUCAGACGGAUUUGGAGAAAAAGACCGAGGUCUGUGGACGACGCUCCCUCAACAAUUACUUGUAUAAAGGCGAUCUCAGAAUUACUUUUAAGGACUCGGAUUCUGGCAAGAAGAGUGGAUUUGUUUCUAAAUUACUUGUUCCACCGGUUGGUAUGGGUGUUCAGGUGGAGAUUGCGUUAGAGUGCGGACCUGUAAGAAUGGCAGGGGAACCAACUCCUGACCCAAACAGUAUUAACAGGAGUAAUUUAGGACCAAUGCCAUUUGCGGGGCCAUUUGGCCCAUAUUCCCCUUUAGGAACUCUAAACUCCCAAUUCCAACAGUCUCCGAGAAUUCCAGCUCCUCCUGUUUUUGAGGGGUCUCAGGCUAUGCCGACAUCGGGUUGGAGAGCUCCGUUCCCAGUCAUUAACACUGGUCCUAUGAACUGGGGACGACCGGCCACAAACUGGGGGCCUCCACAGUUCCAGUUUCCAAAAUUUUCUGCUGGUCCACAAAACACACCGUCAGGUUCUACCACUACUAGUCCUCCUGCGGCCUGGUCUAGAAAUGAAAAGCCACCAAUCCCCAGCAACAACAAACCGGCACUGAUGACAGCAACGAGAAAGCAGCAACCUCAGCCACCGAGAAAAAAUCCAGGUCAGGUUAACAGAGGUCCAGUUCAGCCAAAAAGAGCCCAGCCAAACCAGGCAAGAAGGGGUCAGGGUCAACCAAACAGAGGGCCAAGUCCACCAAGACGAGGUCCAGGUCCACCUAGAAGAGGUCCAGUACAGCCAAAGAGGGCAAGAAUUGAAAGUAAAGACACAGUGAUAGAAACAAAAGACAAGAGUGUUGAUAAAACAGGACAAAUGGUUGGCUAUGUCAUCGGUGGAGUAGGUGCAGCCAUGACGGCUUUUUGUGCUCUUUUCAUCUCCAUGUACUGCACAAGAAGAAGGAGGAGGGUAAUAGAAAGGAAAGCGUCACGGAGAUCAGAGACCGAUCUUGCUGACUCACCAUCUAGUAUUGAGGACUCGCCAGUUUACACGGUACCUUCUGCUGAGGACCACGUGCAUCCAUCAGCGCGUGCCAAUACAGGUCACGUGAAUCAAGCUUUUGACGGAAAUGACGUAGCGUCAUGUGACAAACUCAGUGUGAGAUCUGGGUCGUUUGAGAAUAUCCAUCUGCAAGAUGACGAUGCUAAUUAUCUGUCGUUAGAUGAGGUAGCAGAGGCGAGGAAAAGGGAACGUGAGGGCGAGGCUCCUCCUCCCAUGGAGUUGAGGAUCGACUCUAAGUAUUGUCAGAGUAGGGAGGUUAUUAGACGGUCUCAUCAUAUUGAGGGGUCUGUCUAUGAUAACAAUAUUUAGAUCUAAGAAAAUCCGAAAUCUGAUGAUUUUACAUUUGUUUUUAAAUGUAAAUAAAUAUAUAUACAUAUAUAAACACGUUCUACAGUU